AUGUGGAAUACGGUCACUAUGCCAGGACUUUAUUCUCAUGAUGAUGGGUAUUACAUUGUUAGGUUUCAAUCCACGGCUGACAUGAAGACAAUUCUGUGUGAGGGACCUUACACAGUCAACAAUAGGCCCAUGAUAAUGAAACAAUGGAGUCCACAGUUUGACAUUGAUGCAGAAUUUUUAACUGAGAUUCCUCUUUGGGUUAGAUUUACCAAACUUCCCAUGAACCGCUGGGGAGGUAGCUCAUUGAGUAGAAUAGCAAGCACUAUAGGGAUUCCAUUGUUUGCGGAUGAGUGUACUGCCAAACAAACUAGAAUCUCUUAUGGUAGAAUUCUCAUUGAGGUGAAUGUCACUAAACCCCUACCUAGCAGGUUCCCUAUUAUGGAUGAUUCAGGCAGGGUGUUUGAUCAGGCGGUGGAAUAUGAUUGGAAGCCAGAAUUCUAUGGGAAAUGCUUAAAUAUUGGUCAUGAUUGUACAAAGAUUCGCAAGGAGGAGGUUAAGCAAAUUCAACAGCCAAAAAGAAUUAGACCACAACCUGUGAAGCAAGUGUGGAAGACUACAUGA